UGGCAGAGUUGUGAUGGUGGAGACGCAGCAUACAACUAGCUAUUGCUAGUGAUGUGUUUACCUGGGCCCCGAUCGAUCGGGAGGUCUCACGAUACAUGUAAACACACCGUCACCGCCAUGACGUAAGCACCUCGCUCUGGGCCCGGAAUAAUUUUCAUCAAUGACAAACUCUUCCCAUUGAAAGCUGCCGACAUGUGAACGGACCUCUAACCAUCUCGUCACUUGGCGGUGGGGACUUUUCUGCUACAACAUGGCCACGGAUAGCUCAGACAGGAGUGUCACCAAGAAAUAUAAGUGGUGCGCGUGCGACUAAUUGACCAUGGGAUACGUCUCAUCACGUACAUCAGCACGUACUCUCACACAUGCCUUGGCAUUAACAAGGUAAAGUGAAACAUACUAGAUUCAGUGUCGACUGUUAUUGUAGUAUAAGUAUUGAUUUGAGAGGCUGGUGCUUGUGUAGGACAAACCAUGGCAGUCUGGCGCGGAGUAUAUACGUAUGCAGUGUAGGAAAUGUACAGAUUUAACACAAAUUACGUCGACUUCUGCUAAUGUGAUUGACACACUGACUGACAGGCGAACGCUGUGGUAGAGGACCGUGGUUCGCUCGAAGACGUUACGCUAGAUCACCAUGUUACCAGCCUAGAUCAGCCAAAUGUCCGCGCCAUGCCGGGUUCGACUCUCAUGCCACCAUUUAACGGCGACAUUCCUGGCCAGGCUGUGUCACCUUACGUUACCGUGGGUAUCCUCGUGGCCGGGUUCGUUGGAGGACUCGUCAUCGUCAUCGCCGUUAUUCUCUUCUGCAAGUUUUGUCUGAAGAAAGAUAAAGGGUUGGGAAGACAAAGUACAAGUGACAGCAGACAAGCGUCUGACAGAGACAGACGCUUUAAACCACUACAGCGAUAUGAAACCAUUAACUCGGAUGUCUUCUCAGAACCUAGUACGGGAUCGAUGGAAGGCAUACCCAUCAGCCCCCGUAAAACGUACGACACCAGAAGCGUGGAGAGGUUUCCUGCUGAUGUGGAAGAUAUAGAUGAAACAACGAAGCUCAAAUCGGACUUUGAUAAAGUGAGCUACCAUGAAGGUACAGAAGAGAGCGAACACGUACUUCAACACUUACCCGAGGACACCCCCGCGGAUAGAACGGGGAGGCGAGUAUCGUUUCAGCUCGAACAUCUGACCAAGACGCCAUUUCACCUCCAUCAGGGAAGAAGGUCCGCUCAAACUGCUCAACAUUGCACGAGGAACUGUGUCAUUUUUAACCUUUGAUCCGUUUAUGCUUCCCUAUUAAAUAGCUCUUCAUUAAGAAGAAGUACUAAGUCAUCAAUGACAUGAGUUUUUCCCUUAAUGAUUGAUAUAAUUGGCGUGAAGCAACCUGUUUCUGAUACUUUCGGAACCCAAUACAUCACCUCAUUAGCCGUUUCUGUCUUCUCCGUGUUACUAUGGUAGCAACAGAUCACCCCUCUCUUGUUUCUGCCACAUCUGUAUUACUAUGGUAACAACAUAUCACCGUUCUUGUUUCUGUCUCAUCCGUGUUACUAUGGUAACAACAUAUCACCUUUCUUGUUUGUCUCAUCCGUGUUACUGUGGUAACAACAUAUCACCUUUCUUGUUUCUGUCUCAUCCGUGUUACUAUGGUAACAACAUAUCAUCUGUCUUGUUUCUGUCUCCUCUGUAUUACUAUGGUGACGUAAGUUCUAUGUGUUUUGUGUUACCACGGUAAUACAACAGUUGCCCCUCUGUCAGUUCUAUGUGUUUGGUGUUACCACGGAAACACAACAGUUGCCCAUCUGUCUGUUCUAUCUCAGUGUUUGGUGUCACUAUGGUGACACAACAGUUGCCCGUCUCUCUGUUUUAUCUCUGAUGUUACUAUAGUGACAACAGUUGCCCAUCUGUCUGUUUUAUCUCUGUUUGAUGUUACUAUGAUGACACAGCAAUUGACCGUCUCUGUUUUAUCUCUGUUUGAUGUUACUAUGGUGACACAACAGUUGCCCGUCUCUCUGUUCUAUCUCUGUGUUUGAUGUUACUAUGGUGACAAAACAGUUGCCCAUCUGUCUGUUCUAUCUCUGUGUUUAGUGUUUCUAUGGUAACACAUUUCCCCAUCUGUCUGUUCUAUCUCUGUGUUUGGUGUUACUAUGGUAACACAUUCCCCCCAUCUGUCUGUUCUAUCUCUGUGUUUGGUGUUACUAUGGUAACGCAUUUCCCUAUCUGUCUGUUCUAUCUCUAUGUUUGGUGUUACUAUGGUAAAACAUUUCCCCAUCUGUCUGUUCUAUCUCUAUGUUUGGUGUUACUAUGGUAAAACAUUUUCCCCAUUUGUCUGUUCUAUCUCUGUGUUUGGUGUUACUAUGGUAAAACAUUUCCCCAUCUGUCUGUUCUAUCUCUAUGUUUGGUGUUACUAUGGUAAAACAUUUUCCCCAUUUGUCUGUUCUAUCUCUGUGUUUGGUGUUACUAUGGUAACGCAUUUCCCUAUCUGUCUGUUCUAUCUCUAUGUUUGGUGUUACUAUGGUAACACAUUUACCCAUCGGUCUGUUCUAUCUGUAUGUUUGGUGUUACUAUGGUAACACAUAUCCCCAUCUGUCUUUUCUAUCUGUGUUUGGUGUAACUAUGGUAACACAUUUCCCCAUCUGUCUGUUCUAUCUGUAUGUUUGGUGUUACUAUAAGGGUCUGAUAUAGAUGAUAAUUUCCACAAUUAUACAGUCAAAUUACCAGUGUUUGUUGUCCCGAACUUGGUAUUGUGAAACAAUCUAUCGCUAUGAAAUAAUGAAAUAAUGAAAUGUAGAUAUCUUAAAUUGGAAUGUGAUACUUUCGAUAUUCAAAAUGUUAUUUCUAGGGAAGAGAACUCCGAUGAAUGGAUUUAAGUAGAGAUUUCUCAAAGGAAAAAUAAUUUUGAAAAAUAUAAAAUGGGUACCCGGAUAAGUCUCUGUCAAUAUGUAAACAUCUCUUUGUUCUGGGUAUGUUUUUCCAUAUCCGGUCACGUGACGCGAUAUGCCCAUGUUCCCAUGCAUGUUGUCUGCCAGCAGUUUGAAUGUACCUCCCUACCAGAACCGGAAGUGACGUGUCCUUUCUGUAUAUUAUGGCUAUCCAUCAAUAUGUUGCGUGUUGAUAUAUAUUGUAAUGUAACGUAUUGCAAGUUAAUGUUGAGAAACCUACCCAUUCAAUACGAUCAAUACAAUAGUUUUUGUUCGACAAUAAUAAAUUGCAUGCAAAGAAUCCAAAUCUAAGUUAUUUUGAAAAUUACAAUUUAGAAUAAGAACAAUAUGCUUUACUUUCUUUAGCGGUUACAGCCAUUAACACGACAGUUUUAAAAAAAUAUGAUUAAUCUAUUCAUUUGUUGUGUGAAGUAUAUGGUACAGCGGUUCUUGCGUAAAGUUUGGCUACUUUAUCAACAAAAAUAUAUCAACCGCUGGUCAUUUUUAUUAUAGGUAUACAGAGGGAGAUUUUCAUCACUUGAAAAGGUCCCGGAUAGACAAAAAUAUCCGGAAACAGUGUUCCCUGGGCCCGCCUUUCCAGGGGCAGGAGAUGAGCAGCCCAACUACACCAGACAGACGGCAUUCAGAUUUCUACAUGGAAGAUGAAUAUAUCGGAAGUCCAAAACCAGAACCAUUUAUAUCCACGUCUGCAGUUAUGUCCCUUGGUGACUCUCCUUCACCAACUGAUUCUGCACCUCUGCAUCGAGAAGUGGCGGUGGAAAUACAUUACAAUGCGCGUGCAAGGAACGGCAGUGGUGGCAGUGGCCGCAGUGGUAAGAGUGUUGGAAGUGAUGGCAGUGGAGGCCGUAUUGGAAAUAGUAGCAGUGGGGGUCGUCUAGGAAGUAGUGGUAGCGGCGGACGUCCUGGAAGUAUUGGUAGUGGGGGACGUCCUGGAAGUAUUGGUAGUGGGGGACGUCUCGGAAGCAUUGGUAGUGGGGGCCGUCACGGAAGUUUUGGUAGUGGUGGCAGUAUUAACAGUAGUAGUGGAGUAUGUCUAAGUAAUAAUGAGAGCAGGCGUCAUUCGCUCGGAUUUGGCGCCUCGUCUGUUCCUAAAGUUGAGCGCGAAAAGAGAGUGCGCUCCCAUUCACAUAGCCUUGACACCAAUAGAAUAUUUGAGAGAGUGAAUGAACGGAAAGUGAAAAGCUUUGAGGAUAUUGUUGAUUACGAUGUGUUAAAAAUCACAGAAUUCAAAGGACCAUUUUAUAACACGGACUUCGACGUGAUAUCGGAACUAAAUUCCCCGGACACAUGCAAAGUCCGGUACAACGAUACGGGAAGUAUCGAAAUCCUGAACGAAGACCAGCUGGACCAGAUGGAUAUGUACAGUGAACUGGACUCUAUACGAGUGGACAGUGAUGAUACGGACACAUUAAACGGCACACAAAAGUAUCGCGAGCUGUGGAACCUGAGGACAACGUUCGAAGAGGAGGAAGAAUGCAGUGAUACAAUUCGUAUGGAGGACAUGACGUCACCGGAUCAGUCUCCAGACGGAGAAGUGCCUAAUUCAUACACCACAUCUUUUGAAUCAAAUACCGAGUCGGUGCCAUAUGCGGAGUGUGUUGAGAAACGCUGUAGUCCCCACAGUGGCGACUGCCCCCAAAUCUCCGGCUGUCAUCAGUUACAUCCUUCUCAUUAUGAAAACAGGAGACAAAACUAUAAAAACAUUCUAGCAAAGAGACUGCAACGAAAACCACCAAACGCGAGUGCCGAUAAUAGUUUUGAUAGUAUAGAGACUGUAGACACAGACGGUGAUGUGUCAGACACAAGUAGACCGGAAGUGACGACAACAUCGUUCGAGUCUACAACAGAUAACACAGACAGCACUACAGAGAGCCAAAACCACAAAUUAAUACAGAUGAAGGCGGAUAGUGGGUACAAAUCGUUGGAGACACAAUCUCCAUAUAUCAAACGGACUCACAGUACUAGUGAAAUCGAAGUGCUAGAGGAAGUUGACUGUCCUGAGCCAUCUGCGCGCAUCUAUACGCAUUCCUACUCACUUCCGGAGGCAGGAACGUCAAAAGAGCCGUACGGUCGGCGGUCAAAAUACUUUGAGAGGAGAAACGGAAAGACCGCGUCAAAAAAGCGGAGGGAGUACAGCCGGGAGAGACAGAUUGUGCAUAUUUAUGAGAGCAUCAAUGAGCCAGAGACGGACUCGAGAUCAGACCAACCGUCUGGUGACAGUUUCGAAGAAACACAUACACCAAGUAAGUCGUCACUGUUCUCUCGUUUCUUUAAGUCACAUCGGGAACCGAAGGAGAGAAUCAUGAUGCGAGAUUUCAGUGUCGAUCAGAAAACGUACAAAGUCUUUCAAGAAUUUGUUCGAUACGACCCUUCACUAGAAUCAAGUCGGUCGAGUCGGCACCGCUCUCCGCGGUUUACGCGCCACAGGUUACAGAGAAAACAUACAGAUCCAAUAUACUUUGAAGAACGUCGUCGUAAUCGGCUGACACCGGAACUAAGAAGCACGAGCCUGGGCAGCGACAGCAGCGCGAGUUCAGCUCGUCGUCUGUCGCCUCAGGACAGCAUAGAAGAAGAGGACUAUGAUAAGAUACGAGAGGCGGAAGAGGAGUGCUGGUCGAUGAAACAGGCUUCAAGGGAGGCCGUCGGGAGACAAUCACUGACAGUUUCAGUUCAUGACAUUCCAGUAAUCAACCUACCAGAAGAGGAGGUGUGUACCGCUGCUGAUGGGUAGUGUCAGUAUAGCUAUCACCACAUAAUCUACACCCGCAUCACCAUAGGAACAACCUACAUUAGGUAUAUCUGUUCUGAGUGAUGUCACGAUGCGGCGAACUUUGAUAUUAUUGUUGUUCAUACCAUUGACUGUGACGCCUCUUGAUUUUCCACAGAAGUCGGGGUAUAUUUAAGAGGGCUUCACAUUAAUGAUUUCAUACGUUCGUAUGAUUAUCUGUUAUACUGUUUGUUAAACCAUAUCUUUAUUUACAGAAGAGUAGAUCUUUUUAUGUUGAUGUUGAGGUGACGUUACAUUAUAUACAAGAUAUUUGAUAAUCAAUUACCAAUCGAAACUAUUUUAGUCAAAUUAUAUGUAUAUAUCUUAUUUUUCGUGCCAAUUCAAAUUUCCUUCAUCACUUGAUUUUAUCGUGACGCGUAUAACACUACUAGGAAUCUAAUCAUGUGUAGAAGGAUGUCUCCCCUCACAUUGACAGCAUGUGGAGAGUUACUUACUCCCUUUCUGACCACUGCAAUGCUCGGUCGAUGGAUUUCAAGAUGACACCUAUGACAAUCAAGAGGAAAUAGACAAUGACUUGGCUUUUUGCAUUCUUUUACGGUUAGCAAUUUAAAAAGCCAGAAAUAGUAUGAAUUAUACAGAUAUGUGCCAUGAUUAAAGUAAACAUAGAGCAUAAUUAUUGUUGUCCGAGGUCAAGGCUAGACCUUCUCGUGUCUGACAUCGUCGCCAUCUUGAAAUGCUCUAACUUCACACGUUCAUGACCAUGGCACGUGGUACUUUGAGUAAAUUUUAAAUUGCCAAACAGAAAAAAAUCUGGAUAUUAACUUCCCCUCAUGUUGACAGUGCCGGGAGAGUUACCUUCUCUCAAACACGCAAUAUUAAUGAGUUACCACCCCUUAUACUGAUAAUGGAGUAACCUCCCUUCACACUGGCUGUACGUGGAGGCUUCCCCUGUCCACUCUGACACAGUGAACGAACAUUCAGUACACCGUCAUGUUGCUGAAAUUAUAGUCGUUAUUAAAAUAGAAUAUACGCUUCCCUCGGGCAACAUAUUACGUUUAGAAUAAUGAUUUUUAUGAAAAUUAUCGUUCGAAGUAGAAUCAAUAUUGCUUUUCCUAAAUGUGUUAUUAAUUAUAGAUGGAACAGAUGUUGUAAGUGCUGAAAAUGUCUGUAUAGCUGAUGUGAAAUAUGAUGUUAAGGAUGUACUCCUCUGUAGUUGCAAUCACGUUCAAGUCUCGUUUCACGUUCAAGUCUCGUUUCGAUCUUGUGUAAGUUUUUUUUUGUUUUGUUUUUUUGCAAUAUUUACCAAAAUGUGGCCAAUCUUAUAAGAAAACAGGAAUCUGGAGGGAAAAUGUGUCAUAAAUCUAGAUGUCUGUUAUUAAGAGUACUUUUUCCACAAGAAUUUUAAUAGAUAACCAAUUCGGCAGCCAUUUUGAAAAUGUGUAUUUCUUGCCCUUCAUGAAAUGCCCAAAUUUCACAUUUUUUAAACUAAAAAUGUAUCACUGUAAUGAUCAGUGUGUGGCCAUUUUUAAUUGUAGCAAGCUCAUUUUGCUGUUAAUCAUUGUGAUGUUCAUUACAAUGAGACAAAAACAAAACACAAAAAUAAUGGAAAGGAGGGGGGGG